CCGGGACGACGCCGCUGGCUCCCAACCCCGGGCUGGGCCUGUGCGGACGCUGCGGGAGUCGGCGCCAUGACCUUAUACCGGCUAACUCGGUUUCUCGGUCGCGUUCCGGCCACAGCGUGGAGAGCGGCAAGAUCACCCCUUCUGUGUCAUUCUUUGAGGAAAACAAGUUCUUCUCAAGGUGAGAAGUCUGAACCUAUUAAACAAUCCCUUAAGAAGCCAAUACCAGAAGGUCGUUUUGAUGUACCAGAAGAUACCUAUUUAGAGAAAGAACCACUGACAAAAUUUCCAGAUGAUGUUAAUCCUGUUACCAAAGAAAGAGGUGGACCCAGGGGCCCAGAACCUACCCGAUAUGGAGAUUGGGAACGAAAAGGACGCUGUAUUGAUUUUUAAGCCACCCAUCAUUAACUUCAGUCUCUUUUUCUGAAUAUAUACAUCUGAAUUAACUCAUUUCUGAUUAUUUUUUCUGUAUACCCUUUGAUCUUCUAAUUUCUAUAUGUGUUUAAAAGUACAUGUGAUGGCUUUGGAAGAAUAUAUGCUGCUAUAAAUUAGGAGAAGGAAAGUAUUUCUGCGUUACACAUUGAUUUUAUUUUAAAAGUAUUGGGAUAUAUAAGUGAUGAUUAUACCUGCAGACUUUUCUUCCAUCAUGUUUUAGUUUAAUCAGUUGCUUAUAAAAUGCACAUAUAAAUAAAGCAACUUUUGUUAACGAUUGUAUUGCCAUGUGCUAGGUAAUACUGGCUUUUUAAAUGUGAGUGAAGUAGUGCAUUAUAUUUCAGAAGGCCACAGUAACAACCUAAAAAUCAUUAACUUGGAACCAGAUUACUUGAGUACAAAUCUUGGCUCUACUACCUUCUAGCUGUAUGACCUUAUGUAAGUUCUUUUACUUCUCCGUGCUUAAGUAUCCUUAUUGUGUAAAUUGGAGAUAAUAUUAGUUCUACCUCACAGGGCAGUUGAGAAGAUUAAGUGACUAAAUACAUGUAAACCACUUGUAGCAGUGCAUAGCACAUAGCUCUCAGUGUUAUCUGUCCUUAAAUAAUGAAUGUAUGUUUCUAAGCCUCUAGGCCUCCUGGGGAGAAAAGACUAAGAAACUGAAAUUUUAAAUACUUGAAUUGAAAUUGUUUUACAUGACUAUGAUAACAUUAAAAACUCAUUAGUUGGAAUCGUAGUGAUUGUUUGCAUAGGUGAACUGAGCUGAUAUAUACAUUAGUUUGUAAAACAUAAAAAUUCAGGUACAGAGGGCAAAUAUGAGAAAAGCAGGGUGUAGAAAGGACCAGCUUAGUCAGUUUUGAUGACUCAGUAGUUUCUGCCCCUGUGGCCUCUGGAUAACAAACUGGGUCAGGAAAAGUCAAGUCCAGUUUGCAGAUCUGGAAGGAUGGGAACGGUUGGACCUGCCUGAAGGCGUCCUUUGCUGUCCUAUGGCCUCACUCAGUCACAGAGAUUGGCCUUCAGCCCCCAGGCUGUACUUAAAUUACUGAGGAAGAAAGGAUUUGCAAGGUCUGUAGAAGACAGAAUGCAGUGGGCGAUAAUUGGAUAUGAAUAAUACCUGCAAUGAGAAGUUUCUAGGGAGAUUUAUUUAAGAGAAUACACUUUUCACAAAGUGUAUUCUCCACAGAAACAAACUAACUAGUGUGGUAAUUGGGACUAGUCGUUCAGUCUUUAUACCAGUCUCUCUUAGUCAACGUUUGUACUUCUAAUUGCAGUUACAGUGUAUUCUCCUAAGCAAAUAGCCACAUUCCUAAAAAAACUAUGCUCUAAUUUAGUCAACCUCCAAUUAGCCCAAAUUAGUGAAGGUUUUUACUAAGUUAACAUUUCAGAAAUAGUGUUAAAUUAUUUUGGAUUGUAUAGUUUUGCUUGGGUUCCACACUAAUCAUCAUAUGUGACAAAGACAACUUACAGACUUCAAAAACUAAUAUAAAUAUGUAACAAUUGAAUUAAUUUGUAUUAAGAUAAUAGAAUCCUUGACCUCUGUUAAUAGUAACAUGAUUCAUGACAGCUAUCAAUUAUAUAGGUAAAAUUUGGUGGCAUUGAAAACAUUUAUCGUCUUCAUGUUCAUCAAACACAAAAACCUAAAGACUUAAAACGGUGCUGUUGGUGGCAAUGGAAACGCAAAACUCAAAUUUUCUCUUGUGGGGGGCGGGGAGAGAGUUGAUUAUGACCGUAGCUUUGCAGAUGGGGCCCACCACUGUGUUUCUGCUGAGGCCACGCUUCCCCCAUGCUGUUUCUGUCCCUGAGUUGUGGUGGGGCUUCAGUGAAGGAUUAGGAUGGGCACCUCCCCUGAUGGAUGAUGUUUGUUCAAGGACUCACCAUUCACCUUCCCAGAAUUUCCUUAGGACCGUGCUGUUGUCUGAGACUCCUACCCAGUCCUGUCCUUCCCUCUCCCCAUCACAGGUGUUAGACUCUGCCUAUUCCUCCUCUGUGUAACUCACAAAAGUCUCUCCAAUAAAUCCCUUUCACGCUUAAUGUCACCUCAGCGCCUAUUUCUCAGAAAAUUCAGACUAACGUGGAUACAUUUAAAAGAACAGUUUUCAGGAAAUGUCACACAAAGCUUGUGGCUUUUUCUAGUGUAAUCAUAGUUUAAACACUUUAAUAUUACAUUGCUUGUGGAUUUCUGGGAAAUUAUAGGCUGAGCUUUUAUGUACAAGGCUCAUACCAUGGAAUUGUAUAUAUUAAAUGUUUCAAUGGAAUUGAAUUAUGUCCAGCAUUUUUUCUUAAUUUGAUGUCAGUUGCUUGACCUAUCAUGAAUCAAAGUAUAAUAAUGCCUAUUAUUAAACUAGUAAGAACAAGCCUAAAGCCACGUUCUGCUAGUAAAUAACAAAUGUUUGUUGGAUGAAUAGUUUAUAAUGAGCAAACUUUGUAAUAGUGAUUGUUAAUGAUGUAUCAGCAAUUUUAAUGAUAAUUUCUGAUCAGGACAGUAUUUUUGAUAAGUGCAGAAUAAGAAUGACAUUCAGCCACAGUUAACCACUGAUUCAGUGAUCAAUUAGGAAGGAAAAUGAACUGAAUAGUGCCUGGUGAGUUCGUUUGUUCAUUCAUUUAUUCAUUCAGUUGAUUCUUUCAUUUAAUCAGUGUUGAUCAUUUGUCUACAAUGUGCCAGUUAUUCUGCUAGCCUCUGUGUAUUUUGAAAUGAGUGAAACAGAGCCCUUGCAUUUCAGCAUAAAGUCUCUCUGUUGGAUUUUCAUAUGUUCUCAUAUGAAAAGAUAACUGACUGAAGACUAAAUGGAUUGCAAGUGAUUCUAAUUCACUCCAACCAAACAAAGGAGAUUUCCCAGGUUUAAUGAGACUGUCACUUUCUGGGUUUUUUAUACCAGAUGACUCUUCAGAGACCUGGGUUUUCACCUUUUUAACUCUAAAAUGACUCUGAGAGAAUUUAUUAAUCAAGUUAAAUAUUUAUUCUGUGAUUAAAUGUGUUCUGACCUUGCCAUAUGUCAACCCCCCUAGACGUUGCCCAAGAAGAGAUAACGGAAUGAGCAGAGUGAUACAAUUAAGAUUCCUGGACAUACAAAGAUUUCUCAAGCCAUUCCUGGUCAAGAAAAGCAUUUUUGCUGGGCAUUCCUCUUUGUAAACACUGGAACUAAAGCUGCCUCUGACUCCUCUAAGCGGGGGCUGGCUACUCAUAAUGAAUUAUAGAUUAUUGCAUGAUCCAUGAGUAGGAAGCUAUGUGAGAAUAUUAAGAAACAUUUAUGAUUAAUAAGUAUUCAGUAUAAGUUCUCUGUCCUCUGGGUACUUUGUUCUAAUAAGUCUUCCUCAGUAUCUUUCAUUUGUAAAAAUAGACACCUCUUUCAGACACUCCUAUAGGUUCUUGGCCUUGGUUCUAAUAUAUGCUGCUUUUUACAUCUCCCUAUCCUUUUCCUUUUUACGGGAGCAGUACCAAAUAUUUUCUCUAACCAAUUUCUCUCUUAUAGUCACUCAAGUCUCAGGUGAGAAUUAAAAAUGUAGCCUUCUCUGUUUUACAUGGUUUUAGAUAAAGAUGACAGAAUCUAUUCUAUUUCAGUGGAUAUUAAACUUUUCGGUCUUACGGCCCUUUCAUACUUUUAAAAAUCUUUUGAGGUCCCUACAUUGUUUAAGACAUCAAAGAGCUUUUACUUAUGUGUGGUGUAUCUAUUGAUACUUAACUAUAUUUUGAAUGAACUAUUAAGCGAUCUUUAAACUAUUUAAUUCAUUGUAAUUCAUUAACGCAUUAAAAAUCCGUUAUGUGUUAAUAUAAAAUAACAUUUAAAAAAUAACUAAAAUAUUCCAAAACAAAGAAACAAUUAAGAAGAAUGCUAUUGUUUUGUUCUUUUGCAAUUCUUUUUAAUGUCUAUCUUAAUAGAAGGCAGCUGUAUUCUCAUGUCGUCUUCUGCAUGCAAUCUGUUGUGAUAUUGUUUUGAUUGACGUAUAAUAAAAGCUGGCUUCACAUGCA